AUGUUUUAUAAAUUAAUUAAUAAUAUUUUGGGUAAUGUAUAUACAGAAAGUUUAAUGGAUGAAUUGGAGAAAUCAAAAUUACAUUAUCCGAUACCAGAAAAAUAUUUAAAGAAUCCGGAACUUAUACCGAAAUAUUAUUCAUUUCAAUCGAAUUUAAUAACAGAUGAAGAUUUGAAACCUGGAAUGUUAAGACAAUUAGAAGUUGAUAAACGUCUAACAUUACCUACAAGAACACAUAUACGUUUUCUAGUAACUGCUACUGAUGUUUUACAUUCUUGGUCAAUACCUUCUUUAGGUAUUAAAAUAGAUGCUGUACCAGGACGUUUAACACGUAUUAAUACAUUUAUAUUAAGAGAAGGUGUAUUUUAUGGACAAUGUAGUGAAAUGUGUGGUACACUUCAUGGAUUUAUGCCUAUAGUUAUUGAAGCUGUUUCACCUGAAAAAUAUGCACAACAUGCUAAAAAAUAUUAUCAAGAAUAA